AUGUGUCAGGUGAUCGGGAUCUCCACCCACUUCCUGUGGCUGUGGAUGUUUGUCAGGACGUUUAUCUGUACCUUCCACGCCUUCACCGUAUUCAGGAGCACACGAGUCGUCUCCCUUGUCUCGUCCCAUGAAGAGUUGUGUAUGUUAACUAAACGAGUUGUCUUCUCCUUGGCUGUCCCAGCCAGCAUCGUCACCACGGUCGUCGUGUCAAGCUUGGCGACAUCGGGCUACACGACGAUUGGAUACGGAAAUGGCCGAUGUUACUUGAACUCGCCUUUUCUUAUCAUGGUAUCUAUGGUUGGCCGUCUGGCCAUCAUUGUCCUCUGUAACGUUGGCCACUUUGUUCCAACUUUGAUUACAAUCUACACGACCAGGGCCAUGAUGGCCGACAGGUACAAUCGGGUCAAUGACCUCUACAUGUACAUCAAGCUGUCAACAUCUACAGGAGCUUUCUGGACAGUUGCUGUCUUGUCUGAGGCUACAGACAGUGAUGUUCUCAGGUAUAUCUCCAUAGUGUUGAACGGUUUACAAUGUGUCGCCAUCUUCACGUCCUAUAUAGCCAAUAGGAGAGUCAUGUUGCUGUACUGCAAGAGGGUUCUUCAACUAAUAGAGAAUAUGACAUCUGUGUCUGACUGAACAAAUGACCUUUUUUUUAUAAAACCUUC